AUGAGGGUUCGGCCAGCAAGUUUCUACCGAUACUUGAUUUUGGCGAUCGGAGUACUCUUCUGUCUCUACGCGAUCUACGGAAUCAUCGGCUAUGACGACGGCUCGCACGUUCCGGUGCACCGCCCGCAACGUCAUCUCUACCUGACAGUUUCCAAAGAUCGCAUUGGCAGUCGAUUCGAGAAGUUGGCUCCGAAGCGGAUUCUCUACUGGACGACCGUGUUCGGGGCAACCGUCUCGCCGUUGGGCCUCUCCGAUUGUCCCGGAUUGACAGUACUGCCGAAUACUGAAAUAUAUAGGAAAUGUCGUUUUCAGGACCGUUGUGUGAUCGACACUGAUCGUCACAAACUCGAUUCGGCCGACGCGGUCAUCUUCCACGCGGCCGACCUCUCCAGAUUCCCUCUUCCGAUUUCUCGCAAACCGGAACAAAUGUUCGUUUUCAACUCGAUGGAAACCCAGAUAACAGUGGUCGAUUCGCAGUUCCAGGUACUAGUACUCUAGAGUCUAGACACCUUUUCGCACAUUUCCUUCUUUCCAGAAUCAUUUUUCAACUGGACCUCCACGCAUUUAUACUCCUCGGACGCCAUUCACAAGUACGGAUCGUUCCUGAUUCCGACUCAAAUCGCCGAAAGCCGCGGAUUCAAAGUGUCAAGCUUCUACGUGCAGCCGAAACGACUUCGGAAGACGAGAAGCGGAGUGUUCGGACUCAUUUCCAAUUGUCACACGACGUCGAAACGAGAACUUGCGCUUCAGGAACUCGGAAAGUGAGUCGAGGAGAGAGAGAGGGAGAGAGAGAGAUCCACGUGGCAACACUUACAGGCACAUAAACGUGACAAUCGGCGGAAAGUGUGCAUCGGACGAGCGCUAUAAGUCGAUCUGCCCGCCGGGCACCGAAUGUCUCGACGUCUUUGAACAGUAUCCAUUCUACAUUGCCAUCGAGAAUACGGUUAACUAAAUGUCCACUUUUUUACUCAAACCUCUCCCACUUUUGCAGGUGUGCAAUGAUUAUGUGACCGAAAAGAUCUGGAAUAGAAUCAGUGUGCCGAGCAUACCGAUUGUGAUGAAGAGAAAAGUGUACAAAAAGUGAGAAAAGUUCAGAUUUUCAAUAUAGAAAACUUUGAAAUGUUGUAGUGUUCUGCCGCCAAAGUCAUUCAUCGCAAUGGACGACUACAAGAAUCCACGUGAAAUGGCCGACCAUCUGAGAGCUCUCGAGACCAAUUCGUCAGUUCCUCCGGCCUGAUAGGCUUCUCCAAUUCAAAACCUUUUCAGCACUGCCUUUUCGGAAUACUUCGAAUGGCGCCAGAAGGGCACGUGGACGACGGCUCCGUGGAACUCUCCCGGUUAUCGAAACGGCGUCUGCCGGGUCUGCGAGCUGCUUUGGCAGAGCAACGAAAACGGAACCGAGCACAAAGCGGUGAGCAUUCGCAAUAGAGCAACGUUGCAAGAGACAGUUGAAUUUCAGUACGAAAACGUCUGGAAAUGGUUCGACGAUGAGUCGCAAUGCGAAAAGGACGAAUUCGUGCGCAGUUGGCUCAGCAGCUAG